UGGGCAGCGGCGCGCCCGGCGCUUACAGCAGAGCCGCCGGCUGCGGGCAGCGAGCUGCGGAGCCUGCUCGGUCCCGGGGGGGCAGGAAGGGAGGCAGCUCGGCGGCCCCCCCGGCCCGGCCCGGCCCGGACCCCCCCCACCCCUGCAUGCCCGGGUGCCGAGCAUGGCCCGCAGGCAGGCGCGGGCGGCGGGGGCGCUGGCUGCCCUGGCUGGGGCUCGCCCUGCUGCCCCUGGCCGUGCCCCCGCCGCCGCCCCCGGGGGCUGCCCGUCCCCUGCUACUGCGUGGCCACCCCGAGCUGGUGCAGUGCCGCUACGAGCGGCUGGACGAGCCGCCGAGGGAGCUGCCGGCCUCCGUGCACAACCUGAGCAUCGCCGGCAGCAACCUGAGCGUGCUGCGCAGAGCCGCCUUCGCCGCCCGUCCGCUGCCCGACCUCCGCCUGCUCCGCCUGCACCACGACAACAUCCAGGCCAUCGAGGACAUGGCCCUGCAGGGGCUGCCGGCCUUGCGGACCCUCGACCUGAGCCACAACCCUUUGCUCUCGGUGGCUUCGGGCGCCUUCGCGGGCGCCCCGCUGCUGCGCACGCUGCAGCUCAACCAGGCGCUGCUGGCCGCCCCGCUGGAGGAGCAGCUCGCCUCGGCGCUGCGCAACCUCAGCCUGCGGCGCCUGGAGCUGGCGGGCAACGAGCUGGCGCUGCCGACCACCCUGCUGCCCGCCGGCCUGGAGGAGCUGGACCUCCGCAACAACUCGCUGCAGCGGCUGGCGGCCGCCGAGCUGCGUAGCUUGGAGGCGCCGGGGCGGGGGCUGCGGGUGUCCCUGGGAGCCAACCCGCUGCGCUGCGACUGCGCCCCGCCGCUGCUGGCUUGGCUGCGCUCCGCCGCCGCCCGCGUGCCCGACGCUCGAAGCCUGCGCUGCGCCGGGCCUCCUGCGCUGCGCGGGGCCUCGCUGCUGCGCCUGCGGCCCGAAGGGUUGGGCUGCGCGGCCUCCGAGGGCGGCGAGGCCGGGAGGCUGGAGACGGCCUCCUACGUCUUCUUCGGCAUCGUGCUGGCCCUCAUCGGCAUCGUCUUCCUCAUGGUGCUCUACCUGAACCGCCGCGGCAUCAAGCGCUGGCUGCACAACCUGCGGGAAGCCUGCCGCGACCAGAUGGAGGGCUACCACUACCGCUACGAGCAGGACGCCGAUCCACGCCGCGCCAGCGCCGCCGGCCCCCUGGCCUCUGACGGCACCCCCGGCCUCUGACGGCACCCCAAAAUCCACCAUCACGCUGCCCCUCGACGCCUCCAUCCCCGGCAUCCUCCCCGACCCCAUCCUGGUGCCACGGCACCGCUCCGGAGGCAGAGCCACCCCUGGGGAUGCUGCGCGUGCCCAUGUUGGGAUGCGUCCAAGCGGGCAGCAUCGCCCCUCGGAGGGCUCCGGACUGGCUCGCCCCCACACCCUGCUCCAUCCCAUCCCAAUGGGACAGAUCCUCUCCCCUGUCCCCAUGCACGUGCGGGCAAAGUGAGGGCUGGGACAGAGCCCCGGUGGCACCGUCAAUUAGGAGCCGCUCCCCGCACGUCCUCCCCACGCCGGUCCCCGUGUCGGACUCGCAGCGCACACGUGAGUGUUGGGCACGUCCCGGGGAGCUGCGGGCCAUACCUGAAACUGUCCUGGACGUUCCCGGAGCCGGACUCGACUUUGACCAUGUACAGCUCUUUCCUAUUAGAUUUGUAUUUGACUAAGGCGAAACUUGGCUUGAUUGCUCCUUUUUUUUUUCCCCCCCUUUUUGUUCUUGCUCCACACCUGGAGGAAAAAGCACGGGCCAGCUGCUCUCCCUGAGUAACAACGUGCUUUUCCGAGCCCAUUGACCGAUUUUCCUUUGUUUGACAACCACUUCCAUUUCUUUCCAGGCACAAAACAAUGCAGCCGUGUGGGAAUCGCCUCUGCGGGCUGCGUGCAUGUUCCCCGGGGCACGCGGGGGCAGCUCUUUUUGGACUCUAACCCAUCUCCUAGACUAGGCUGUCUCAGCACUUCGUAAUUUAAAACGAGCGAAGCAAAAGCUCCAGCUCUAGUGCACCUGCCCGUGUUUGCUUUAGAACCGUGCCUGUUACUAUAUCCUACAGCAAAUAUAUUGAAAGCUGCA